AUGCCUAAACUUGAAGAAAUUGAUGAUUAUGAUGAUAUCGAUAACCUAGAAAUGGAUCUCGCAGAGAUUGAUGCAAACAUGAAAUCUCCCGUAGCACCCAGAAUUGUACCAGAAAUAAAGAGGAGUCAGGACGAAGAGCCUCCUUUAUUCCCAGCAAAUAACUCUCAAGUCUCGAGGCAAAGCUCAGACAUGUCUGGUCACCCACAGGUGGUAAACUUCACAGAGGAACAAAAGCAACAGCUGAAAAAGUUCCAAGUUUUGUACCCAUGUUACUUUGACAAAAACAGAUCGCACAAACAAGGUAGAAGAGUUCCAGUGGAAUGGGCAGUAGAGAACCCACUGGCUCAAACACUAGCUGAUGCCGUAAGUCAAUUGCAGAUUCCUUGCGUCAUUGAAGGCCACAAGUGUCAUCCGCAGGAUUUCGGAAACCCAGGAAGAAUACGGUUAUUUUUAAAGGAUGAAGGACUUUCGACGACCCCAUCUUUGUUUCAAAACAAACGCAUGUUUAUGAAACUUGUCUCUAAAUACAUGAAGGAACAUCCUACUACGCUUGAGGUGUUGAAGGAUGUGCCAAUGGAGGCCGGCGCCGAAGAUUAUGAACCCAGAAAAGUGCCCAGAGUCAAGGGCUUUGUUAUGAAUGAUAUAGUACCGAUUCAUAGUCCUUUUAGCAUGGGACAUCCAAUGGUGAAGUCUAUUUAUGAAGCGCCAGCCCCAGUGGUGACCGAAAAGCCUGUAAAAAUGCCCAAGAAUAAAUAUAAAAUGGUUCGUAGGUGA